GCGGAAACCACGUGGGCCCCGAGGCGACCCCGGGCGCCCUUGGCGGGCCGCGGCGGUGCGGGUCAUGGCCGGUCCCCUGCGGGGCGGCGGGACGGGGGCUCUGGAGCUGCUCCGGGCCCUUCCCCGUGUGAACCUGGCGAACCUGAAGCCGAACCCAGGCUCCAGGAGACCGGAAAGACGCCGAAGAGGUCAGAGAAGAGGUAGAAAAUGUGGCAGAGGCCAUAAAGGAGAGCGGCAGAGAGGAACCCGGCCCAGACUGGGCUUUGAGGGAGGCCAGACUCCAUUUUACAUUCGGAUCCCAAAGUAUGGGUUUAAUGAAGGUCAUAGCUUCAGGCGCCAGUAUCAGCCUUUGAGUCUCAAUAGAUUGCAAUAUCUUAUUGAUUUGGGUCGAGUGGAUCCUACUCAACCUAUAGACUUAACCCAGCUUGUCAACGCGAGAGGUGUGACCGUCCAGCCACUCAAGAGGGAUUAUGGUGUCCAACUGGUGGAGGAGGGCGCUGACACCUUUCAGGCGAAAGUUAAUAUCGAAGUUCAGUUGGCUUCUGAACUGGCCAUCGCUGCCAUCGAGAGGAACGGAGGUGUCGUCACUACCGCCUUCUAUGACCCGAGAAGCCUGGAAAUUCUGUGCAAACCGAUUCCCUUCUUUCUGCGUGGACAGCCCAUUCCCAAACGAAUGCUUCCCCCGGAGGCCCUGGUACCGUAUUACACGGAUGCCAAGAAUCGUGGUUACCUGGCAGACCCUGCUGCAUUUCCUGAAGCGAGACUUGAACUUGCCAAGAAGUAUGGCUAUAUUUUACCUGAUAUCACUAAAGAUGAACUCUUCAAAAUGCUUAGUACUCGAAAGGAUCCACGGCAGAUUUUCUUUGGUCUUGCUCCUGGGUGGGUAGUCAAUAUGGCAGAUAAGAAGAUCCUGAAACCUACAGAUGAGAAUCUCCUCAAGUAUUACAGCUCAUGAAUUCCCUUCCGAGAAAGAAAAGAGACCGAAACAUGGAUAUUUCUCAUCAUCUUUUCUCUAGUUGUUAAUUUGCCGUUUUCCUAUUUCUGUUUUUCUCUAAAAUUAAAAAGGCAGCAAGCAGGGCUGUAUAGAGGAA